AUGCUGCUUCAUGCGCCGGCAAACCCAAACCCCAGCUUUAUCUUUCACUUUCGGUUCCCGGUCUACGCGCACGGUAUCCGGUUGAUGCUUAUUAGCAUCAUCUCAUUAUUUUUUCCCGAUGUCGUUCCUUGGUAUGAUCUGAAACCGGCCACGGAACGGAGGGCGAAGCGCGGCGCCACUGGUAUUUAUGCCGUUACGACCGUUCCAGAUAUCGAGGCUGCUUCCACCACCCACCGCACCAUGUCUCCUACGACGCCCACGACAGCCAACUACGCCUCGCCCGACGGCAUUCGCGACUUUCUCGCUGGCACCACGCUCGUGGCCUUCCAGCUCUGCGGGCUCGAGGUCGCCAUCACAGUCUUUUUGCUGGUGCUCAGCUUCGAGGCGGCGGUGCGGACCGCUCUUCUGUGGCGGCACGGCGGGAUACAGUUGCUGAAGAGAAGACUUUGGCUGGACUGGAUGAAUGGGUUCUUAAUUUGCACAAUGGCUAUGGUGCGGACCUCGGUCAUGGCCCAGCCCACUGCCAUUUGUGAUUAUGACAAGAGUUGCCACGACGGUGCGUGA